UAAUUUAAGAAAAUGGAGCGAAGAGAGCAGGCUUAUAGGAAAAGAGAUCAAGAUGAUCCAAAUGAGCCCUCAGUGGUAGAAAUUAUUUCGAAUAUGAUAAGAACUCUUUCAAGAUUUGAGAUUAUUUCUGGUGUUAAGAAAUUUACUAACGACCUAGAAAUACUCACCACAAAGCCUGAGUUGCAAGAAGUGAAGAAGGAGUAUUUCCAAGCAUACACGAUGACUUGUUGGAACUAUAUCUGGAAGUCACUACUAUACUAUCUUCUUGUGGCCACAAUUUUAGUGUUUGCAGGUUAUGGUGAUGAAUACUCAUACUACUUUAUUUUCCCUCUUUCUUGCAUGGGCUAUGUAGCCAAUAAUAUUUAUGUCCAGAGGACCCGGAGGAGCGACGUCGGGUUAAUUCUCUACUAUUGUUUCUUUUCCUGAAUCAUUACAAAUAUGAGUGUCUCUAAAUCUAGCUAUGAGUACCAUGAAGGAUGGGGAGUCAUGAACAUGGUACUUUUCAUUAUUGUAAUAGCCUUCUGUUUGGAGUGGAAGAUUAUCAUUAAAGUAUUCUUACUGUGUAGACUAUAUUAUGUAGCCAACAUUUAUUAUUACUAUGGAGCCUUGACCUUCAUGCAAUGGUUCUGCUUCGUCUUUGAGUUCCUUUGCGUAUGAAUAAUCAUUACGACCUUGUCAAAAAUUUAUCUCAGCUUCAUUGAAAUGAAUAUCAAAAUAAAGCAUUUGCUGAAGACUAUUAGAAAGCUGCUAGAAGUAUUUCCAGAAUCAGUUAUGAUAGAGGCCUUUGAUCCUCAACUGAAACAAAAUGUCAUGAGAUUUAUCAACAAUGCUGCUAAGAAAGAAUUUUCUAUUGACAAUCAAGAUCAAAAGAGUCUUUUAAACCCCAAUAUGAACUUUAAAAUAAGUGAAAAGUUUGAGAAACAUACAAAGGAAUCAAGCAAUAUUUCUGAAAUUUUAAGAAAUCAUGCUAAAUCUGUAAAAGAGACUAAUCAAGAAAUCUCUAGUGAGAUCAAAGUAGCCAGAACUGACUCCGAUGAAAAGUAUUUCACAGUCAAAACAAUCAUGGUCGAAUGGGAAGAAGACAAGCAAGCCUGAAUGCAUGUGUUCACUGACAUGACUCAUGUAAAGAACCUUGAGCAUGAGAAAGCCAUCAACAAGUGACUUCACCUGAUGUUUUCGAGUGUUUCUCAUGAGUUUAGAACUCCAUUGAACGCAUUUAAACACUCCAUUGGGUUUAUGAAAAAUUCAUAUCAGAACUUGCAGAAGCUAGCAAUGAGUAAUAGAGGCGAUGGUAGACUUCAGGAGUCAGACGAGAUGUUCAAUAAAUUCCACAAGAUCGCUUCUAUCUCUUCUACAACUCUGUUGUCCUUAGUUGAGGAUAUCCUUGAUCUUGCCAAGAUAAAGAGUGGAACAUUUUCAUUGAACAUUAACUCAUUCAGGCUCAGAGAACUGAUGAACGAAAUAGAUUAUAUUUUUGGGUUCCAAUGAACCCAAAAGAAGCUUGACUUUGAGAUUUCUUAUACCAACUGAUGUCCUGAAACCAUUGCUGUUUCAGAUGUUGGAAGAGUGAAACAAAUACUCAUAAAUCUGAUCUCUAAUUGUUUCAAAUUUACACAACGAGGAAGCAUCUCUGUCAAAAUUUCAGAGCUCAGAGAGUUGGAAAUGGAAACUUUCGAGUCUCAUUCUUACUUUAAGUUCAUAGUCGAAGAUACUGGAAUUGGGAUUGCAAAGGAAAACCAAAAGAACUUGUUCCAGAUCUUCGGUAAACUCGACCAGGAUGAUAAGAAUAUCAACGACAAAGGCACUGGGCUUGGACUCAACAUCUGAAAAUAAACUCGUUGAAGCCCUUGGAGGAACAAUAGAACUAACCUCAGAAGAAACAAAAGGAACAGAAGUAGCAUUCACCAUAAGAAACCAAGUCGAGCACAUACCCCCCUCUAGACAAAGACCAAUGAACCAUCAAAUCCAAGACAUCUCGCACAGCUGCCAGUCAGCUAACUCAAUGGAACUAACCCCCCACACUAUCAGAGAAUUUCUCCCCAACCCGUCAUGCUUAAAGAAUAAUCCUAAAUAA